AUGAGCUCAUCCUCAACAGGCAAAGAAAUUUUAGUCGACACAGAAAAAAUUAAGAAUUCCUUUUGGGACAUAGCGAAAACUUUGUACCCCGAAAUAACAGAAUGCCUUGAAAAAUGUUUAGAAAAGGAAGAAAACGAAAAACCAACUCAACCAGAAGAGCCAGGAAAGCCAGAUGAAGAAAACCCAGACAAGCCAGGCGAGGAGAAUCCGACUGAUCCUGGAGAGGAGAUUCCAGAUGGUCCACAAAUUGAAGAGCCACAACUUCCAGAUGAAGAGGACCCAAAUGAUAAAAAUGAGGAGAUUCCAGACGGUCCACAGAUAGAUGAGCCACUACCUCCAGCUGCAGAGAUUCCUGGUGAACCUGAUGAGGAGAUUCCCGACGGUCCACAGAUAGAUGAGCCACUACCUCCAGAUGAAGAGAAUCCUGAUGAACCAGAAGAAGAAAAUCCAGAAGAACCUGGUGAAGAGAAGCCAGAGAAUCCUGAUGUAGAGAAACCAGAGGAACCUGAUGAAGAAAAUCCAGAAAAGCCUGGUGAGGAAAAACCAGAAGAACCUGGUGAAGAGAAGCCAGAGAAACCUGAUGAAGAGAAACCAGAGGAACCUGGUGAAGAAAAUCCAGAAAAGCCUGGUGAGGAAAAACCAGAAGAACCUGGUGAAGAGAAGCCAGAGAAUCCUGAUGAAGAGAAACCCGAAGAACCUGAUGAAGAUAAACCAGAGGAACCAGGUGAGGAAAAUCCAGAAGAGCCUGGUGAAGGGAAACCAGAUGACUCUGAAGAAGAGGAACCAAUUGCUAAACCUCCUUUCUAUUAUCUCUACGAUUUGAUCAAGUACCUCUACCCAGAAUAUUCAAAAUGCCUUGACCAUAUUGUUCGAGAUGAAAAUUAA